AUGUCUACUAAUCACGAAACCAAUAGUGAUCAAGGAGAAAUUUCUAACCAAGCAAUUAUGAACAAGCUUCUGUUACUUCUGGACCGGCUUACAGCUACAGAAACGGUUCCACGUGAUCAGCCACCAAGGAAUUAUCCGGAGCAGAUCAUCGAGUCGCUUUCGGCGACAAUCAAGGAGUUUCAUCAUGACCCAGCCGCGAGUAUGACGUUCGAUCGAUGGUUUUCGAAGUAUGAAGAUUUGUUCAAUGCCGACGGGAGAGAACUGGAUGACGCAGCAAAAAUUCGCCUGCUCUUGCGAAAUCUCAGCGUUCCAGUUCACGAAAAGUUUUUGAACUAUCUCCUGCCACGACACCCACGGGAUUUCCUUUUUCAAGAAGUGGUCACAAAGCUGAAAUCCGUUUUUGGACACCACAAGUCUCAAUUCAGCCAACGGUACGACUGUCUCCGCAUUGUGAAGAACAAAGCAGACGAUUAUCUGACCUACGCUGGUAUUGUCAAUCGCCAGUGCGAGGACUUCGAGCUAAACAAGCUAACUAUCGACCAGUUCAAGGGGCUCAUUUUCGUUUGUGGACUUCAAUCAUCCAGAGAUGCAGACGUUCGGACCAGAUUAUUGUCAAAAUUGGAAGCAAACACAGCGACAACGGUUAAUCUCGAGAGUUUAGUCACCGAAUGCCAGCGCCUGUCGAAUCUUAAACACGACACGGCACUGGUGGAGAAGAAUCAAUCAUCUUCAUCGGUCCAGGCAGUUCGGAACCCAAAGCAACAGAAGCAUCCUGGUUCUCAACAAUCAAGCGAGAAGACAUCUCCUCGAACACCGUGUUGGCAAUGUGGUGCCAUGCACUUUGUCAAGGAUUGCCCAUUCACAAGUCAUCUCUGUAAGCAGUGUAACAAGACCGGACACAAGGAAGGCUAUUGUGGAUGUUUCGGCAAGCAAACGAAGCCAGAAUCCGCACCCGGAUCAACAAGGUUCAACAGGCAAAAGAAGAGAAAAGGAAAGCAUCAAUCUCAAUCCAACUACAUCUUUUUAAUCAACGCAGUAGGAGCACCUAGCCGGAAAUACGUCACUGUGCUCAUCAACGACAAACCGGCGAAUCUACAGCUGGAUUGUGGAUCAGACAUCACUAUCGUCUCGGUUCAAACGUGGAAAAAGCUUGGCUCACCAUCUAUCAACAACACCUUCCAUCGCGCGAACACUGCUUCGGAUGCUGCACUACCGUUGAAAGGAGAAUUUCAAUGCAGCAUGGUUAUCAACGGUGAAUCCAAAAAUGGUACUUGUCAUGUCACUACAGUAAAGGACUUGAACCUACUCGGACUAGACUUCAUCGAAGCAUUCAACCUGUGGAACAAGCCACUCGCCUUCGUUUGUAAUCGAGUUAAUCAAUCUAAUUUCAAUCUCGAUUGUGGAAACCGAUACCUAAGGCGAUACCCCGAAGUUUUCAAAGACACACUGGGGCACUGUACUAAAACAAAGAUCAAAUUGUUUCUGAAAACAGAUGCGAAACCGGUUUUCCGUCCCAAGCGACCAGUACCGUUCCACAUUGUUCAGAAGGUUGACGAGGAGUUGAACCGUCUACAGCAACUCGAUAUAAUCACUCCAGUGGAUUUUUCCGAGUGGGCAGCACCGAUCGUCGUAGUAAAGAAGCCAGGUGGGAAGGUGCGAAUUUGCGCUGACUAUUCGACCGGACUCAACGCUAUUCUGGAACCCCACCACUAUCCUCUUCCGACACCCGACGACAUCUUCAGCAAACUUGCAGGCAGCAAGAUUUUCAGUGUUAUCGAUCUAUCCGACGCUUAUUUGCAAGUUGAAGUUGACGAUGGUUCCAAAAAGCUCCUGACUAUCAACACGCAUCGAGGCCUGUUCCAGUUCAAUCGGUUGGCUCCAGGAGUAAAAUCAGCACCCGGUGCAUUUCAACAACUGAUGAGCAGUGUAAUCGCUGGUAUUGAAGGAGUAGAGUCUUUUCGGACGACUUCAUUAUCCACACAGUAA